AUGUGGCGCUUACGUAACAAUGGCGGCACCCAGGACACUAGCGGAACCCUGGAAAAUGAUCAUACUGAUCCCAGUCAGGAGAAUGGGAAGAAACCCAACAAAUCUCAGCAGCUGAAGACAGUUUUUAAAGAAUAUGGAGCUGUAGCAGUGGCAUUCCACGUUGGGAUUUCAUUGAUGUCUCUGGGAAUGUUCUAUUUAGCUGUAUCAAGUGGAGUGGACAUGACUGCCAUUCUCUUCAAGCUGGGAUUUGAUGAGGAUCUGGUACAAUCCAAGUUAGCUGCUGGGACAAGCACUUUUUUAUUGGCCUAUGCAGUCCACAAACUGUUCGCUCCAGUCCGCAUCAGCAUCACUUUAGUCUCGGUGCCAUUCCUUGUCCGCUAUUUCCGGAAGAUAGGUUUCUUCAAACCUCCAGCUCCAAACCCAUGAUUAAAUACGUGGAAAAGGGGAAGAAAAAAGAAUGCCACAUAAUUUCUUAAUAUAGACAUUUUGAAAUUGCUGCACCCUGGUGGCGCCCUUCUGUGGAAUUCGGGUAAUGCUUGUGCUUGAUUGUUUGUGUUGUGAAUGGUGGGGAAGUGGUUUCUUCAUGACAAAACAAAGCCAAAAAAAGAAAAGAAAAACUUAUAAAAAAUACUGAUACCUGAGCUUUUUUCUCAAUUCCAUUAUCGCACAGAGACAGUUCUUUACACAUUCCUGCAAAUCUGGGAAGCUGCCUUAUAUCAUGUCGAAGGAAAUAAAAACUGGGGAGUACCCAGUGAAAUCUGAAGACGGAACUAGAGACAUGUCUCAAGAUGCUCAAAGAUGCUUCUCUUUUUGAUAAAGAAAAAAACCCAACAUGUUUCAGCCUGUAUAUGGCUUUUGUUUGUCCAGGAAUUGGUUUAAGAGGUUCUUGUUUGUCCUCAAGAAGGCCUUAAAAAGAGUAUGCACAGGCAGAAAGAUGUUACACCAUUUGGACAACUGAUUUGUUAUCAGAAUUUGGGAAUUUUGUUUUGGAUUGCCACUCCCAUAUCCCCCAGUUGUUGUGACCAUGCUGACUAGAAGAUUAUCAGAACAGUAGUACAAAAAGUAACUUUCCCCAGUUGUGGUUCAUUUAACCUAAUAGUCUUAUUUCAAGUCGCACUGGCUCUCCCAUCCCUCUUUCUUUUCCAUCACCCGCCACCUGAUCUUUUAAACUAGAGAUACUUGGAUUAAAAUCUGGACUCUUCUGCAUACUUUGUAUGUGCCAGUACCACUGAAUAUUUUAGCUUCAACCUGAGAGAUAGUACUCUUGCAAGAAAGAUUACAGAUGCUGCAAGAACAAUGGCCAUACAGGUAUGAUUGGAUACUAAAAUAUAAUAUGCCAGAAGAUAAAGCUAUUACCUACCUCCUUUUUCAACACACAUAACAUUCUGACAGAUUGCAUUUGCUCUAUGCUCUAUAACAUGGGUAGUUAUCCUCCCCCUCCAUAAAAAAAAAGUAACCUAGCUUGCAUCAUGCCCUUGUGCCAUGACAAAGAAAACUACAUGCUUUUAAAAUAAGGGAUGAUAAUCACAGAGGUUUUUAAGCAAAUUGCCUGUCCUAGGCAGCUUCCUGGAGUGCAGUCAAGUUUAGAAAAAAGGCACAUGGUCCCUGCCUACUUUGUUCUACAAAUUGCAGUUUGUUUCUGCACCACUAAAAGCAGUGAACAGUGAAAACAACAUUUGAGAAAGGUUGAAUGGAGCAUGAUUUUGCCGGAGAAGGCCAGUGAGCAGCUGAGUCAGAUACUUGUGAAGUUAUGGGAUACUCCAGUUAUUACAUGCUUGCUAUAUCUAACAUACACAGAACAGCAAUCUGUAUCAUCCCACACUGGGGCAGCCCAUGUUCUCUACCUUCCUCUGUUAUUGUUCUCCAAGCAAAUUGGUUUCUAUUACAGCACUAUCUCAGUCUUCUACUGUUGUUCCACUAUGGAGGUAGAGAGCUAUAUGCACCAAAAUCCCAUUGUUGUUGUACCUGGGUGAGGAGGGUAUGGUGGUAAAUUUCUCCUAGAAUCUGUUCACUGUCAGUUAUUCCUUUUUUAUUAUUUAAAUGAGGUAGCAAAUCCGCUACUUCCAAGUGGAAGAAAUCAAGAUCUGGAGCUACUGGUGUUUCCUCCCCAAUGGGAUACCAAUGUGCUCUACUGAGGUAUGUUUGCAAUUUUCAUCCCUUUCAAUCCACUUCAGACCAGGAAAUGGGUCACAUACAAAAAAAGACCUGUCUCAAACGUAAAAUAGCCCACAGGGGCAAAAUCCUGGCAGAAAUGCCCUCCAUACUCCUUAAAGGGCAUUUAUGGACAAAAAUCAUUGUGGGGUGUGUGCAUCUCUUCAAGAUCUUCUUGAGGAAAUGUGGCCCCUUAACCCUCAAUUGUUGCUCUAAGCACAAAAACAAGAAAGAAUCUUGCUGAUCUCAUCCAAUACCAACAUAUUAGGAUCCAUAAUUGUAAUACCAUCUUCUGUUGAUCCUCUCCUCUGGAUCGUGGUCUGAUUGAGCUGUUGACUGAAUACCUUUUUCUGAAAUGCCAUCUUUUCUAUUUUUUCUGUCUGAUUAACAAAUAUAACAAAGGAUUAACACAAGAUUAUCAAAAUCCUUAAUUCGGAGAGAAACAGAAAACAAAAACAGAGAGGCAGAGGGGGGAAAAAUAGCUCUUUUCAAACUUUCAUUGUGGCAGUAAAUAUAGCUCAAUUGUCUAAAGUGGUACUCUCUUUACUAUACCUUAGAGUUAUAAUUGGUGCUUACUAUAUCUUUAUGUACGUAACUAGAUAUCUACUCAAAAAUAAUAUCAGCUAGUUAUAUAAGUCAGAGGCCUCUAUUUGGCACCUCACACCUUCAUGGAAUGUUAUCAAUAUUCUUAUUCAAUAAUCCUGUAGGUGUAAGAGUGUAGAGAAUAUGCUGAUUAGCAGGAUGGUUAUGUACAAAAUAAACAAAGCAUUUUAGCAACAAAUUGGCUACUCCACACCUUAAAGUCAAUUUCUAUAAAAUAAAGACCAUAGAUUACUUGCAAUAUUGCUCACAUAUAAAAAGCAAAGAAAAAGAGAAACAUUUACAGUGAUAAAAGAUACAAUAAGACUAAAGCUAAGUAGCUGCAAGCUUUUCCUUUUUUCUGGCUUAACUUAUAUUUUUAAAUUCUUACUUUAUCUAUCAAGGGGUUUUCUUGGCAAGAUUUGUUCGGAGGAGGUUUGCCUUUGCCUUCCCCUGAGGCUGAGACGGUGUGAUUUCCCCAAGAUCACUCAUUGGUUUUCAUGGCCACACUGGGAAUCAAACUCUGCUCUCCAGAGUCCAAUGCUCAAACCGCUAUGCCUCCCCCUACCCUCUUUAUAUUGUCAGGCUUUAGACUUGGAAGUUUUUCCACCAAAACCUUGAGCUGAACCCAAUCCUAGGAUUUGUCUUCAUGGGACAAAUUCCAAAUUUGGGAGAACACCUGAAAAUUGGAUGCUGGAGACUAAGAAGGUAGCCUUCUGUGGGAGGCUCUUUUGAAGUGGUGGAAGGCUGCAUGGUUGCUUGCGCUGUAAUGGUGGUGGGCUCUAAUUCUACAGCCCUUACAUUUCCCUAGUCACAACAGGAUUGCUCAGCCCAGUGUUCCAGAGAAGUGCUCUUCUGAAGAACUAUUAGCAGGUUUGAAUUGCUUAUUCCUGGCAGGAAGUAAAUUGGCCUUUUACUUUGAUGCAGGGUCUUUUUUUUGUAUUGAAUUGAUGAGAGCAUGCCACUUGUCCUGUAAAAUGAACUCCUGUAGAAGAGGUGGGAAACAUGUGCUGUUCCAGAUGCUAUUGGCCUGCAGCUUCCACCAGCCCUAGUGUACAAACAAUGGUGUUGGGAUGUUGGGAAUAGAAAUCCAACAUUUGGAGGUCUUCUAUGCCCAUUCCCACUCUGAUUUGUUAUAUUCUGGAAUGGUAAGAUAAAUAAAAAGCAUCUUUAACUGGU